UUCCUGGGAUUCCGGCUGGCUUUCUCGAAGGCUGACUUAGAGUUCUCCUGCUUCGGAGAGACCAUGUUACAAGAACAUCUGGAACAGACCAGCAAAAAGCCUCUUCCUGUGGUGAUCAUAGGAAAUGGUCCCUCAGGAAUCUGCUUAUCCUACCUACUGUCUGGCAACAUCCCCUACAUCAGAAGACACGUGGUUCACCCGAAUCCCAUUUUGCAAAGGAAACUGGAAGAAGCACCUCAUGUUUCCAUCUUAGACCAGGACCUUGAGUACCUAUCUGAAGGUUUGGAAGGUCGAUCCUCCAGUCCAGUCGCUCUCCUCUUCGAUGCUCUGUUGCGUCCGGAUACGGACUUUGGGGGAAACGCAGAGCCUCUCCUCUCUUGGUGCCAUCAGCCUGAGAGAGCCGUUCCCCACCUGGUUCUCGGCAAAAACUUUCCCGGAGGAGCCUGGCAUUCGAUUGAGGGGUCCAUGUUCACGCUGAGCCGGGGAGACUGGAUGGCGCUUCCUGACCUGCAGUUCAAAGACUGGUUGAGCAAGAAGAAAAGGGGCUUUCGGAGCAACAGAGCAACUGCUGGAGACAUUGUUCAAUAUUAUCAGUAUUACGUGGCAAGAAAAGGACUGAAAAAGAACUUUCUCUGUGGGACUGCUGUGACCUCUGUGAAGAAACUAGGGGUGGAUUCCAACUCCGGCUACAUAGAUCAAGAUUCACGGGAAGUCUCUGGGUGGAAUUCUUGUGAGGAUCCGCCAACCGAUGACCCCGACAGUGGAAGUCUCUUCCAGGUGGACGGGUUUGUCACGACGCCCGACGGCACAGAAUCCUUUUCUCUGUAUGCGGAAAAUGUGGUCCUAGCCACGGGCACGUACGACAGUCCGUCCUGGCUUGGGGUCAAAGGGGAGCACCUUCCUUUCAUCCAUCACAGCCUGUCUGCUCUCGAAGAAGCUGUGAAGAACCAGGAGAUUACUCCGAUGUCGGAUCCGAUCCUGAUUGUCGGCGCCGGGCUGUCGGCAGCGGAUGCAAUUCUCUUGGCUCACCACUGCAACAUCCCGGUGGUGCAUGCUUUUCGAAGGCGAGUCAGCGACCCAGCCCUCAUCUUCAACCAGCUCCCAAAGACCAUGUACCCCGAGUACCACAAAGUCCACCAGAUGAUGGAGGAACAAGCUCUCACUUCUCCUGGGCCCUACGAGUGUUACAUCAGCCUUCCUGAGCAUCACGUUCUCUCCUUCACGGAGGACAAGAAAUGCAUACUUCGCGAUAAGAACCACCACCAGAAAGUGCACAAAAUUUCCAUGGCGUUUGUCCUCAUUGGGUCCAACCCCAAUCUAUCCUACCUGCCCAACAAUGGCAUGGACGUGGCGGUCGAUUGCGAUCAGCCGGUCAGCUCCAAGAGGAACCCCAUUGACGUGGAUCCUUUCACUUACGAAUCCAUUCAUGAGAAGGGACUCUACGCCAUUGGGCCAUUAGCUGGAGACAACUUUGUCCGCUUUGUCCAAGGUGGCGCUUUGGCCGUUGCUGGAUCGGUGCUGAAGAAAGUCAACAAGAACCCUCCAUAAGACCGGCAGAUACCCCCUCUUCUCUUCUGGAGGAAGAUGCUUCAGGUGUCGACCUCCAAGAAGAGGGGUCAAAAGCCUUUUCAGAUAUGAAGUGCCUCUGUGGUAGCAUACUGUAGGCUUGCUCCGAAACAUUGGGUCACAGAUCCAUGAAGCUGAAGGUGCAGGAAGGAUGUAAUGGGUCCAUCUCCCAGGUGCUCAACAUUUUCCUCAACAUUUCAAAUAGGAGAGGCAGCCCUAGCAGGACAGGGCAUAAAACCAACAGAAAGAUAUGGUUGCCCCAUGUGAACGUUUCUUUGGGAACACCGAUGUCUUAAGUCAUCUUUGCCUAUGUAUACUGAGUAUUGUACAGCUUUCCAAUAAGCUUCAGUUGUCCCACAACAAUACUGUUGUAAAACAAAAGGGGAAAGUUGAACCAAUGUGGCCAAAUGGUUUCUUCAGAGACAAGUGCUUUCUGAUCACACGUAGUAGAAAAAUAGCCGUGCAUGCAAGACAAAAAGGGCUAACAAAUACGUCUAGACAUGCAUCUGCCAGUUUCCAUUACUCCUGCAGAGGAUUUUUUUUCUUGGAACCUCAAGUUCCAAGAAAUGGAACUCAUUUAGGAGGAAUUUGCAAAUUCUGCAAAGUUUUUAUCAAGAACAAUGGAAUCCCCUUUCCUCCCACUUACAGGGCCUAAGCUCAAUGGGUAGACAUAUCCGCCUUAAAUGGCAGAAAACCUGGUCAUAUUUAGUUAUUAUUAAGGCUGUUUUCCUUGGGUCCCUGGUUCCAAUUUUGAAGGCCAAUUUUUUUUUAUUCUGGAGUGCUUGGUGCCCUGUCCAGUUUCAUUACUAGCCCAGAUCUAAAUUGGUUUGUAAGUUACCAUUAUCCCGGCAUUGGAAAAGCAAAACAGUUGUGACUUUUUGUUAUUGUUGUUUUUCACUGAUGUUUGUGCAAUCUGAUGAUCUAUUCAUUCCUAUUAUGGGGGGGCAAGCCUGCCCGACAGCUGGCUUUUGCAUGCUACGUGCCUUUCAAAUUUGCUUCUUAAAGAAAGAUGUGUAGGGGAAAAGGUGAGCAGAAGCUAUCGGAUUCCAUUUGUGUUCCAGAUACAAACCAGUUUGUAAACUGGAUUUGCUUAAUUGUAAAUCUGGAUUUGGGCAUUUGUUCUGCUUCAGUCUGGACCUCAUACAAAUUGACUCAAAUCGCACUGAUCUGUUUACCAAUUUGGAAUUCAUCUGAAUCUGUCCAAUAGCUGUAGUUUUCCAAUUCAGCAGGACUUUCCUAGCUGCCAGAUCAGUAUGCGCUGCUGAUUCACUUAUCCGCUGAUUCGCUUAUCCGCUGCCUGGAAAUACAAAUAAUUUUUUAAAAAACCACAUACAGAGAGAAAUAUGUAUUUAUAUGUAUUUCUAGGGUGUAUUUACCAUAACUGGUCUCUAGUCAGAGACCUCGCAAUAUAUAGUGUGUGAUACGUCCCUGGUUUUCUGCAUCUGUGGGGUGUGUGUGUGUGCGCGCGCUUUGAACCAACCCCUGCAGAUCCUUCAGUCCGACUGUAUAUUGUUAAUGAGGAGAAGCACCUCCAAAUACGAAGGCAAUCCUAAUUUAACCCUAGAAAUGAUGUGCUACAAAGUUUAUUUGAACCUGCAUUUUAAGGGCUUAAAUGAGCAAAUUUGUCAGUUAUGUAUCUCUUGUAUUCAAGGAAAACAACACACAAACCUCAGGUGUUCUGCUGAAAUGAUCAGUGACUUUGAUUAGAUCUUUCGUUUGAAAAAAAAAAACAAACCAACCCUGAAAUUAAAUAUUUUCCUACUUGCAGAUAUGAACAUACUGUAUAUAACAUGUUUCAUUAUCCAUUGACUGUGCUGGCUAGGACCGAUGCUAGCCUUCAACAUCUGGACUUUGCACUCUUGCAACUGCAGUCCCGUUUUAUGGUGCCUUUGUGCAGAGGUUUACUCUGUAAUAAAAACAGUCCAGUUGCAACCUAGCAGCAGCCUUCAAUUGCUUGCUCUCCUCCUUUACAACGUGCGAAUCACUUUACUAAGCCAUUGUGAAUGUAACACUGACAUCUCAGGGACUCCCUGUAGGAUGGGCUGACACAUGGGUGCCAACCUUAAGACUACCUGUAGAGUUUUAGCUAUUUAAUUGAAAGUGCUGCUAACUUUUAAGCAGAGUUUUUUUAAAAAAAAUGAUUGUAAAAGUUCCUAUCUGUUUCUGUCUUCAUGGAAGAAUUUAUUCUACAUUGUUGGGUUUUUUUA